AUGUUCUGUCCCUUCUUUCCUCGUCCUUGGACCGUUGGCACCGUUGAAUUACUCGUUCCCCGUCUCGGGUCGUUUUUUACCCGGACUGUCAGGUGUACACCCAGGCCACCGUCAUCUUCACUUAUUUUUUCGCGCCGGUCGCUGUCCCACGCUCGAGAGUUGAGUACAGGUCGUCCCAGCUGUUUCUGCUCCGGCCUUCUGCGCGAGGUUGAUAAAUACGUCGCAUCCGGUGUUCUGGCAAAGUGUCGCCCGCCUUCUCCCCUGCCUCUUUUGCGGUGGCGGCUUCGUGACUCGUCUUCCGUGCGCGCUGUUGCAGCUCUGCAAGCGGAAGGGCUCCUCUCCCCUCUGCGUUCCGCUGAACAAAUUGCUUUGUUCGGGUGUGCUGCAGUGACGCGCAGCAGGAAGGACCGUAGAUCGGCAGGGCUUGAAGUCGAUAGUUUGACAGAACAGAGGUGGCGCUACCCGGUGGAGGUUGCUGAUCCGUGCUCGCUCUUUUCGUCUUGUUCGUCUUUCUCCUUGGGUCGUCGUCACCCUCUCUGGUCUCGAACGUCUAGAUCAUCUCUGUGUUCUGCGGUCUUCGCAGAGUCACGACUUGCUCACGGGGAACGCCGCGGUCCUCUUUGUGUUGCGAUUCACUUCCGGCCCUCCUCGGUCUCACCGUCUCCCUCCCCCGUGGCGUCGUUCGGCCGCUCUCUGUGUCCGGCGCGUGCGUUCGCUUCCUCCGCGUCGCUGUUUGCGGCUCUCGCAUCGUCUGUUUGCUCCUUUUCUUCGCUGUGUCUACCGUCGCGCGCCAUGGCUCCUCCUCGCCCAACCGCAGACGCGGUGACGACGCCGUCGACGGUUGUCUCGAGUCGGCCCUUGUCUGCGUCGGGCGCGGCGUCUGCAUAUCCGUCGGGCGCGACGGGCUCUUCGCCGUCUGCGGCACCGCAGGCGAACGUCGCGCGUCUGUACGCGGACGUCAAUCUGCACAAGCCGCACGAGUACUGGGACUACGAGAACUUUGUGAUUCGUUGGGGCGUACCGGACGGCUACGAAGUGGUGCGAAAGCUCGGCCGCGGAAAGUACAGCGAAGUCUUUGAAGGCAUUCGCGUCGGGCCGCCGUCGGCGACCGCACUGGCCAUUGCCGCAGCCUCCUCGGGCGGUGGCAGCGUGGCGGGCAACCCGCCGCUCGCCUCGAUGAACAGCACCGCGAGCAGCAGCAGCGCAGCGUCCACCUGCGCCUCCUCGUCGCAGCCGCCGCGCAGCGUGAGCUCCAGUAGCACCACCGCGAGCGCCUCUGCGCAGCCCGCCAACGCCUUCGAGGGCGAACGGUGCGUCGUGAAGAUCCUCAAGCCCGUGAAGAAGAAGAAAAUCCGACGCGAGGUGAAAAUCCUCCAGAACCUCUGCGGCGGACCCAACAUCAUUCGCCUGCUCGACGUCGUCAAAGACCCCGCCAGUCGAACGCCUGCGCUGGUUUUUGAGCACAUCAACAACCAAGACUUCAAGACGCUCUACCCGACGCUGACCGACUACGACAUCCGGUACUACAUUUUCCAGAUUCUCAAGGCGCUGGACUAUUGCCACAGCCAGGGAAUUAUGCACCGCGACGUGAAGCCACACAACGUGAUGAUUGAUCACUCCAAACGCGAGCUCCGCCUCAUCGAUUGGGGUCUCGCCGAGUUCUAUCACCCUGGUCGCGAAUACAACGUCCGAGUAGCCAGCCGCUACUACAAGGGCCCAGAGCUUCUCGUCGACUUGCAGAUCUACGACUACUCGCUGGACAUGUGGAGCUUGGGCUGCAUGUUGGCUGGCAUGGUCUUCCGUAAAGAGCCCUUCUUUUACGGCCACGACAACUGCGACCAGCUCGUGAAGAUCGCCAAAGUCCUCGGAACGGAUAGUUUGUUUGACUACCUGGAAAAGUACAACUUGGAGUUGGAGUCUCACUUCACGUCGCUACUGGGCAAACACACGCGCAAGCCGUGGAGUCGCUUCGUGAACUCGGAAAACCAGCACCUGGCGUGCGCCGAGGCGAUUGACCUCAUCGACAAAAUGCUCAUCUACGAUCACUGCCAGCGCAUUCUCCCUCGAGAGGCGAUGAACCAUCCCUACUUCCGCCCCGUGUUGGAGGAGGAGCAGCGGAAAGCUGCCGGUCUGUCGGCUGCUGACGGCAAGUCAUAA